CAAUUUUAUUCAGUAAUCAGGGAAUUUCGAAUUUCAGUUCCCAUUUCAAUUCCUGUUUGAUUUCCCAAUUUUUGGUAAUUAUGAUACAAUUUUUUAAUUUUUGUUUUAUGAUUUACAGGGUAUACACAAGUAUAUACACAAAUUUUCCCUGUGGGGCUCUCAUGUUUUUUUAUUAUCAAUAAUAGGAGACUUAGUAACAGUUUCAUAUUUAUUCAGUUAUCGGAAAUAGUCAAAGUCUUCAGUUUUUCAAGUUCAUUGAAAUUGAUUUGAAAGUUGCCAAAAUUUGAGAGAGCCAAUAAAAAUGCUGGGACACGUUGCAAGAUUGUCGAAGUUGCCACUGAAUUACCUGCAGAAUAGGGGCGGCAUUUGGACUGGGCGUGGCGAGCGCAACUACAAGGUGACCGUGGUGGGCGCCGAGGGGGGCAUAGGGCAACCCUUAUCUCUGUUGCUGAAACAGAAUCCGUUGAUCGAGCAGCUGGCACUGCACGAUGUGAUUGAGGCAAAAGGUGUCGCCGCGGAUCUUUCACACAUUUGCACCCCAGCCGAGGUGAGUCACUUUCGUAGUGAGGAGCUGUUGGAGGCGCUGCAGGAUGCCCAUGUGGUUGUGGUGGCAGCCGGAUUACCCCGCAAACCGGGCAUGUCGAGGGAUGAGCUGAUGGCCGCCAAUGCGAGCGUUGCGUUGACUGUCGCCUGUGCGGUGAGCAUCGCUUGUCCUGAGGCACUGUUGGCAUUCAUAACGAAUCCCAUUAACGCCAUUGUGCCCAUGGCGGCGGAGUUCCUCAAAGCCAAGGGUGUCUUCGAUCCAAAUCGUUUAUUUGGCAUUACCACUCUGGAUGUUGUCCGUUCGAAAACUUUCAUUGGCAAGUUCAUGAGCAUUGAUCCGGAUUUGGUGGACAUACCGGUGAUUGGAGGACAUGCGGGCAUCACCAUACUCCCGCUCUUAUCGCAGUGCUACCCAAAGUUUCCCGAGGCAGAGGUGGAGGAGCUGCAGCGCCUGAGACAACGCAUCCAGGAAGCUGGCACUGAGGUCGUCGAGGCCAAAGCGGGCAAGGGCUCGGCAACGCUAUCGAUGGCCUAUGCGGGCGCGCAUUUUGUUAACGCUCUGCUGCGUGGCCUAGACGACGAGGAGGAUGUGCUUGAGUGCGCCUAUGUGGCCUCCAAUGUCGCCGAGCUGCCGUUCCUUGCCACGCCUAUGCUUCUGGGUCCAAAUGGCAUUAAGCAGAACCUCGGAUUGCCGUCCAUGAAUGAGGAGGAGAAGGCUGCCUUCGAGGAGAUGCUGCCAGAGCUGCGAGACAGCAUCCAGUUGGGAAUACGCUCGGCACAGACUGCCAUGAAGGACAUCCAGCAAGAGGACAAUGCCAGCGAGCAGAUUCCGACAAAUAAGCGCGCAUCUCAAAGUGAAUAGUUAUUAAAAUAAACAUAGUCAGUAAAUAAAUAGUAAUAGUAA